AUGCUUAUAGCAGUGCCAUUGUCGAAAAACAACCAGACGGUCCUCGAUCCAGGAUGGUUCCACAUGGCAGCCGCGUUACUGGCAGUGGAUCAUUUCAAUACUCGAAAUGACUCCAUUGUCCGCGAAUUGGGAGAGCUACAAGAAUGUGGCAUUCAGUUUGGCAAUGUCGUGGCAGUCGACACGGGCACCAACAGCCAUCAGGCCAUGGAAUAUGUGGUGGAACAGUUGCAAGAAAUGGGACCCGUAGACUCCAUUGCAGGACCCUACAAUGAAAUC